AUGUUAUUCAAUUUUUUUCAUAUAAGAAAAAUUUCAAUAAUUUACAAAAUUUUUCAAAUUUUAUACAUGACCAACAAUAAUCCGAGUAUUCCUACAUGGUUUAAUGAAAAUAAUGAUCAAACUCACAACAACAAUGAUAGAAACUUGUUCCUUGAGAGCAAGCCAACAUUAGAGCUACCACCACCUCCGAAGCCCACUAAUAAUAAAGAAGAACCUGAUGAACCAAACGCAAAUUGGUGGGAGCGUGAUAGUUUGGUUUCUACAGAUAAUAUGAGUCUUAUGAUUGAUAAUGAAAUGCUUGGUGAUAAAGAAAGAAAAACCAGAAAGCAGGAAAUUGAAGCAGAAUAUCCGGAUCCUUCUAAAACAACAAGACCGUAUAGAGGAAGGAGGCAUAGAAAUUCACGAAGAAUUGAAUCAAAGAAAGAAAAACCAAAAGCAUUUGGUGUAGCAGAAGAGGAAGAUAAAAAUGAUGCUAAGAAAGAGGAAGAUGAGAAACCAAGAAUCGUUAUACUUGAAGCUAAGUCUCCAGCUAUAUGGACAUAUGGUUGUAUGGUAUUAAUUCUCCUUGUCUUUUUCGGUGAAUGCAUUCAACAAAAAUGGAUAGAUUCUAUGAACUCUAAUCCUCUCAUUGGUCCUAGUUCAGAUAAUGUUGUAAUACUUGGUGCAAAAUAUGGUCCUUCGAUUCUUGAUGGUGAAAUUUGGCGUUUUAUUACAGCAAUAUUUUUACAUCUUGGUCUAGUACAGCUUGUAUUUUCAGAAGGUUUGUUAUUUGUUACGCUUCCCGUCGAGAUUGAUGGUGGCUACUGGCGCUGUUUCUUUAUUUUCUUCAUUGCAGGUACAUAUGGAUGGAUUUUAUCUAGUUUAUUCUCUCCAAACAUGAUCGGAGCUGGCACAUCUGGUGCAGUUUUGGGAUUAAUGAUGGUUAUGAUGUGCGAUUUAAUAACUAGCUGGAAAACUGCCGAAAAGAAGGGAUUCAAGCUUGGAAAGAUGAUCGUUUGCAUUGCAGCAUGUAUCAUUUUUGGAUUACUUCCAUUCAUGGAUAAUUUCAGCCACAUUGGAGGAAUCAUUGUUGGUAUCCUUUGCUCAAUUAUGAUUCUUCCUAACAUGACAAUGUCGCGUGCAAGUACGAUUUGCCAUGGUUUGACUGCUUUCCUUGCCUUUCCAAUAUUAACAAUCAUUUACUCGGCAACAUUAGUUGGCUUUUAUCGUGCUGCAGAUACAACCACUGGAUUAUGUCCUGCUUGCAGAGUAAUUAAUUGUAUUAACAUCAAGAACUGGUGUACAGGUUAUGGAACUAAUACAGUAUCCGUUUCAUACUGGCCACCAGAUUAA